AUGAUUGCAUUUAUUCAACAAGAAGCUGCUGAAAAGGAAAAACAAAUUGAAUUACAAAGAAAAGUUCAACAUUCAAAUUUAGCAAAUGCAAGUCGUCUUUCAAUACUUAAAGCUCGUGAUGAUUAUGUUCAAGCUUUAAAAGAAGAAGCAAGAAAACAAUUAGUUAUUUUAACAAAAUAUACAACUAUUCUUGCUAAUCUUAUUGCACAAGGUCUUUUUUUACUUAUGGAAACAGAUAUAACUCUUCGAUGUCGUCGAAAUGAUUUUAGUCUUGUUCAACAACUUAUUCCUGAUGCUAUUCAAAGAUAUAAACAAGAAUUAAAACAAAAAGAUAUUAAAAUUACUAUUGAUGAUAAAAAUUUCAUUGCAGAUGAUUCUUUCAUUUUUCUUGUUAAAAAUUUGAUCUUUUAUUAUUUUAGUGCUGGUGGUAUUGAACUUUAUGCAAUGGGUGGAAAAAUCAAAGUAUCAAACACGAUUGAAGCUCGACUUUCUAUGAUAUUUAAUCAAAUUCUUCCUGAAAUUCAAGAAAAAUUAUUUGGUAUUAAUCAAACCGAAAAUAUCGUGAUUAAAUUUUUCUUUUUCAAAAUAUUUUUUUUUCCAUAA